GUCAUUUCCUUGGUCAGUUCACAUACAUAAAGACGAUUGUAAACAAGGGUGGAUUGGGUUUCCGUGACAAAAAACAGGAUUUUCAAAGGACUAAGUAUAUAAUUUCGUUAAAGAAGUAACAUUAUAAAAACUACAAAAUGGAAGAGGCUGAUUAUGAUGAUGAAUAUGAAGAAGAUGAAGACGACGAUGAUUAUUACGGUGAAAAUAACGACGAUGAACUAGAACCAGCCAUUGACAAAGAAAAGGACCCCGAAUAUUUUGAUUACGAGUGCUUCACAUUGGAACAAGCAAAAGCUAAACUGGAAGAAGAACAGGAAAGAGCUGCCAAAAUGCUAAAAGUGGCUCCCUCUGUUGCCCGAGUUUUACUGAUGGCCCAUAACUGGAUGUUUUCUGAAAUAGAAAAUAGGAAUCAACAAGAUAUUUUGAAUUUACUGAAAGAUUGCAAUGUAAUUCCUAGAGCUGAUCAGAGUAUUCCAAAGGAUAUAGCUGUGCCUACAAAUUACACAUGUCCAGUGUGUGUCCAGAAGGUGCCAAGUGACAGCCUACAUACACUCACCUGCGGUCAUUUCUUCUGCAAGACUUGUUGGACUAUGCACCUUGAAUUCCAAAUUCAGGACGGUGUGGCAACAGAUAUUCAAUGCAUGGCUAGUAACUGCUCCAUUGUUGCUACCGAGGACUUUGUUUUGCCUCAUCUAAGCAACCCUAAAUUCAAAAAUAAGUACCUGAUAUUCUGUAUGAGGGAUUAUGUAAAGACUCAUUACAAUCUACGUCAGUGUCCUGGAAUAGACUGUGAGGUCACAGUUAGGUCAUGUGCUCCUCAACCGAAGAAAGUUUUAUGUACCAAGUGUAAAGCUAGCUGGUGUUACCAGUGUACAGGGAGUUACCACGCCCCUGCAGACUGUGACACGAUUAAACGCUGGCUCACCAAAUGUGCUGACGACUCAGAAACCGCCAACUACAUAAGUGCUCAUACUAAAGAUGUAAGGUUUUUUUCCAUUGGAAUAAAGCAGUGCCCCAAGUGUAAUAUUUGCAUUGAGAAAAAUGGUGGAUGCAACCACAUGCAAUGUUCUAAGUGUAAACAUGAUUUCUGCUGGAUGUGUCUAGGAGAUUGGAAGAACCAUGGUAGCGAAUAUUAUGAGUGUAGUCGAUAUAAGGAGAAUCCCAACAUAUCAAAUGAAUGUGCACAUGUGAAAGCUAGGGAAGCACUAAAAAAAUAUCUAUUUUACUUUGAAAGAUGGGAAAAUCACUCAAAGAGUUUAAAAUUAGAAGAACAAAUGCUUGAAGGAAUCAAUGAGAAGAUACAGGGUAAAGUGAUGAGCAACACUGGUACUUGGAUUGACUGGCAGUAUCUACUGGACUCGGCAGCCCUACUUACGAAAUGUCGGUACACCCUACAAUACACCUACCCAUAUGCGUACUACUUGGAGUGUGGCCCUAUGAAGGAUCUGUUUGAGUACCAACAGGCACAGCUAGAGGCUGAAAUUGAGAACUUGGCUUGGAAGGUUGAAAGAGCAGAGACCACAGAUCGAGGGGAUUUAGAGAAUCAAAUGGAUGUUGCCGAAAAACGGCGUUUAACUCUUCUACAGCGAUUCUUUGUUUAACAAGAUUGAUGAUUGCAAGAUUUCAUGGAACUCACAUAAAGAAGAUGUUUAGAGUACUUGUCAAGAAUUUUUUGAAUGUUUCAACUCCAUUUGAUGGAAUUGGUCAGAAUUAAUGAUAUACCGUAUGUAUUCGAAUAAAUGCCCCGCUUUGAAUAAUUUCUGCCUUCAAAUAAACACCCCUCUAAAGCCUCAUUUGGAAUAUUUUUGAGCAUAUACGUAUCCAUUUUACACCAAAAACAAUAAACGCCCCCCUCGAAUAAACACCUCCCUCAAAUAGAUGUCCCCGCGAAUAAAUUCCCCCUCAAAAAACCCCUCUCAAUAACCACUCCAGGGUGUUUAUUCGAAUAAAUAAGGUAUUACACUGUGAUGGUUUGUACAGGCAAUCUGGUGAGUUUGGGAAUUGUCGUUGAGGGCAACGAAUAAGUGGUUUCAACUCACCUUCAUAGCUUCAAUUUAACUGCAUGAUAAUCAAAAGUAUAGGAAAAAAAAUUAUUUGAAACCUAUUUCAUUGCACUAAACUAACCUUUAUAUAUCUAUACAGCAUGCCAUGCUGUUAUUUUCCCCAUUUUCAAACAACAAUUUUUAACAAUUUGGUGAUGG